GAGUUUUUCCAUAUCGCCUAGCACCGAGACGACUUAAUCAUGCAUGCACGCGGCGUGCAUAUGGGGCUAUUUUAGUACUGAUUGCGUUGUUGACAGUCUGUACUAGUUGAGGUUUUGCUGUUUCAAACGACAACGUGCCAUCGAUUUGUAUCAAAAUGACGAGGCCAAAGCAGACAAAAGUGGGGAAUCGUCGGGAUCGCAGAGGUGGACAAGGACCCAGGGGUCCUAUGAGGGGACAAGGAGGCCCAAGAGGGAUGUGGAGAGCACCAGCUUUUAUGCCACAUAUUCCAUUUGAUAUAGUACAGUGUGAAAGUGCUUUUCAGAGGACAAAGCCAGCUCCCCCAAGCGAGGAUACACCUCUUCAAAUGAGUUUAUUGGAGAAGAAUACAGAAUUGACCCCUGGAACCAAUGAGCAAACAGCUGUCCUGAAUCUUGUCACCAAAAUCAGCUCUGUCCUUGACAAUCUUAUGGUUUCUCCUCCAGCAAAUUUUGAAGUGAGUAUAGAGGAAGUGAGACAGGUUGGUUCAUUCAAGAAAGCAACCAUCAUGGCCAAUAGCCCAGUAGCUGAUCUCGUCGUCAUUUUCAAGACCCUACCAACAACGGAAGCAGUGAUGGCUCUAGGCAACAAGGUAGUAGAAGGAGUGAAAGAGACAGACCCUAAAGAAGUACUUACAAUGUUAGCUAAUGAAGCUGGGUGUGAGAUCAGUAGUUCUGAUGCCACUGUCAAGAUUCUUGUCACCACCAUUCCUCCAAACAUGAAGAAACUUGAUGCAUCAAUCCACUUACCUCUCAAGACCAUGCAAAGUGCCCUUGCAGCUGUCCGGCAUGCUCGAUGGUUUGAAGAAAAUGCAACAAAUUCAGUGGUCAAAGUUUUGAUCAGGAUUUUGAAGUACCUUAAGACACGCUUCAAUGGUUUUGAGCCACUCAAUCCUUGGAUGAUAGACCUUUUGGCUCACUAUUGUGUAAUGAACAACCCAUCCCAUGCUCCUCUUCAGAUAAGCAUAGCAUUCAGACGUUGCUUGUCUCUUCUCUCUGCUGGUUUCUUCCUUCCUAGAUCUGUAGGGAUAAUUGACCCGUGUGAAGGAGGUGGAGUAAGAAUCCACACUUCAUUGUCUCUAGAACAUCAGGACCAAGUGGCAUUCACAGCGCAAACAUUAUUACGAGUUCUAAGCCAUGGUGGUCACAGGAAAGUGCUUGGAUUUGAAGGAGAUGCAGGUAUAGCCUCUCAGAUGUCUGUGUGGGAUGGGAUUGUUGUGACACCGAGUGAAAAGGCUUAUGAAGCACCAGUAGAGAACAAAGAAGAACAACAAGAUGGAGAAGAGGCUGAUGAAGAAGAAGGAGAAGAUGUACCAAUGGAAGCACAAGAUCAGUAAGGUAGGUAUCCAUCAUGAAGUAUUAGG